AUGACAAUUGUAUCAACGGUUGAGAAGGUCCGGAGCGAGCGAGGGUCGGACAGAGACGGAGAGAGGAAUUUUCAGUACGAGGUCCGGAGCGAGCGUGGGUCGGACAGAGACGGAGAGAGGCACCGCCAGAAGGAGGUCCGGAGCGAACAUGGAUCGGACAGAGACGGAGAGAGACACCGCCAGAAGGAGCCUGGAGCGAACGUGGAUCGGACAGAGACGGAGAGAGGCACCACCAGAAGGAGAGACGGAGAGAGGCACCGCCAGAAGGAGGUCCGGUGCUUGCAAGGGUCGGACAGAGACGGUGAGAAGCACCGCCAGAAGGAGGUCCGGAGCGAACGUGGAUCGGACAGAGACGGAGAGAGGCACCGCCAGAAAGAGGUCCGGAGCGAACGUGGGUCGGACAGAGACGGAGAGAGGCACCACCAGAAGGAGGUCCGGAGCGAACAUGGAUUGGACAGAGACGGAGAGAGACACCGCCAGAAGGAGAAGGAGGUCCGGAGCGAACGUGGGUCGGACAGAGACGGAGAGAGGCACCACCAGAAGGAGGUCAGGAGCGAACGUGGAUCGGACAGAGACGGAGAGAGACACCGCCAGAAAGAGGUCCGGAGCUUGCAAGGGUCGGACAGAGACGGUGAGAGGCAACGCCAGAAGGAGGUCCGGAGCGAACGUGGAUCAGACAGAGACGGAGAUAAGCACCGCCAGAAAGAGGUCCGGAGAUUGCGAGGGUCGGACAGAGACGGAGAGAGGCACCACCAGAAGGAGGUCCGGAGCGAACGUGGAUCGGACAGAGACGGAAAGAGGCACCGCCAGAAAGAGGUCCGGAGAUUGCGAGGGUCGGACAGAGACGGAGAGAGGCACCACCAAAAGGAGGUCCGGAGCGAACGUGGAUCGGACAGAGACGGAGAGAGAGACGGAGAGAGGCACCGCCAGAAGGAGGUCCGGAGCUUACAAGGGUCGGACAGAGACGGUGAGAGGCACCGCCAGAAGGAGGUCCGGAGCGAACGUGGGUCGGACAGAGACGGAGAGAGGCACCACCAGAAGGAGAAGGAGGCCCUGAGCGAGCGAGUGUCGGACAGAGACGGAGAGAGGCACCGCCAGAAGGAGGCCCUGAGCGAGCGAGGAGACGGUGAGAGGCACCGCCAGAAGGAGGCCCUGAGCGAGCGAGUGUCGGACAGAGACGGAGAGAGGCACCGCCAGAAGGAGGCCCUGAGCGAGCGAGGAGACGGAGAGAGGCACCGCCAGAAGGAGGCCCUGAGCGAGCGAGGUUCGUACAGAGAUGGAGAGAGGCACUGCCAGAAGGAGGCCUUGAGCGAGCGAGGUUCGUACAGAGACGGAGAGAGGAACUUUCAGUACGAGGUCCGGAACGAGCGUGGGUCGGACAGAGACGGAGAGAGAGAUGGAGAGAGGCACCGCCAGAAGAAGGCCCUGAGCGAGCGAGGGUCGGACAGAGACGGAGAGAGGCACCGCCAGAAGGAGGCCCUGAGUGAGCGAGGUUCGUACAGAGAUGGAGAGAGGCACUGCCAUAAGGAGGCCUUAAGCGAGCGAGGUUCGUACAGAGACGGAGAGAGGAACUUUCAGUACGAGGUCCGGAUCGAGCGUGGGUCGGACAGAGACAGAGAGAGGCACCGCCAAAAGGAGGAGGCCCUGAGCGAGCGAGGGUCGGACAGAGACGGAGAGAGGCACCACCAGAAGGAGGUCCGAAACGAGCGUUGGUCGGACAGAGACGGAGAGAGGUACCGCCAGAAGGAGGCCCGGGGCGAGCGUUGGUCGGACAGAGACGGAGAGAGGCACCGCCAGAAGGAGGCCCGGAGUGAGCGAGGGUCGGACAGAGAUGGAGAGAGGCACCACCAGAAGGAGGUCCGGAGCUUGCGAGGGUCGGACAGAGACGGAGAGAGAGAUGGAGAGAGGCACCGCCAGAAGAAGGCCCUGAGCGAGCGAGGGUCGGACAGAGACGGAGAGAGGCACCGCCAGAAGGAGGCCCUGAGCGAGCGAGGUUCGUACAGAGAUGGAGAGAGGCACUGCCAGAAGGAGGCCUUGAGCGAGCGAGGUUCGUACAGAGACGGAGAGAGUAACUUUCAGUACGAGGUCCGGAUCGAGCGUGGGUCGGACAGAGACGGAGAGAGGCACCGCCAAAAGGAGGUCCGGAGCUUGCGAGUGUCGGACAGAGAUGGAGAGAGGCACCACCAGAAAGAGUUCCGGAGCAAACGAGAGUCGGACAGAGUCGGAGAGAGGAACUUUCAGUACGAGGUCCGGAGCGAGCGUUGGUCGGACAGAGACGGAGAGAGAGACGGAGAGAGGCACCGCGAGAAGGAGGCCCUGAGCGAGCGAGGGUCGGACAGAGACGGAGAGAGGCACCGCCAGAAGAAGGCCCUGAGCGAGCGAGGUUCGUACAGAGAUGGAGAGAGGAACAUUCAGUACAAGGUCCGGAGCGAGCGUGGGUCGGACAGAGACGGAAUGAGGUACCGACAGAAGGAGGCCUGGAGAUUGCGAGGGUUAGACAGAGACGGAGAGAGGUACCGCCAGAAAGAGGUCCGGAGCUUGCGAGGAUCGGACAGAGACGGAGAGAGGAACUUUCAGUACGAGGUCUGGAGCGAGCGUGGGUCGGAGAGAGACGGAGAGAGGUACCGUAAUAAGGAGGCGCAGAGUGAGCGAGGGUCGGACAGAGACGGAGAUAGAGACGGAGAGAGGCACCGCCAGAAGGAGGUCCGGAGCUUACAAGGGUCGGACAGAGACGGUGAGAGGCACCGCCAGAAGGAGGUUCGGAGCGAACGUGGGUCGGACAGAGACGGAGAGAGGCACCACCAGAAGGAGAAAGAGGUCCGGAGCUUGCGAGGGUCGGACAAAGACGGAGAGAGGCACCGCCAGAAAGAGGUAAGGAGCUUGCGAGGGUCGGACAGAGACGGAGAGAGGCACCGCCAGAAGGAGGCCCUGAGCGAGCGAGGUUCGUACAGAGAUGGAGAGAGGCACUGCCAGAAGGAGGCCUUGAGCGAGCGAGAAAGAUGUGUGAGCUUGCGAGGGUCGGACAGAGAUGGAGAGAGGCACCGCCAGAAGAAGGCCCUGAGCGAGCGAGGGUCGGACAGAGACGGAGAGAGGCACCGCCAGAAGGAGGCUCUGAGCGAGCGAGGUUCGUACAGAGAUGGAGAGAGGCACUGCCAUAAGGAGGCCUUGAGCGAGCGAGGUUCGUACAGAGACGGAGAGAGGAACUUUCAGUACGAGGUCCGGAUCGAGCGUGGAGAUGGAGAGAGGCACUACCAGAAAGAGUUCCGGAGCGAGCGAGUGUCGGACAGAGUCGGAGAGAGGAACUUUCAGUACGAGGUCCGGAGCGAGCGUUGGUCGGACAGAGACGGAGAGAGGCACCACCAAAAGGAGGUCCGGAGCGAACGUGGAUCGGACAGAGACGGAGUGAGGCACCGCCAGAAAGAGGAGGCCCUGAGCGAGCGAGGGUCGGACAGAGACGGAGAGAGGCACCACCAUAAGGAGGUCCGAAACGAGCGUUGGUCGGACAGAGACGGAGAGAGGUACCGCCAGAAGGAGGCCCGGAGCGAGCGUUGGUCGGACAGAGACGGAGAGAGGCACCGCCAGAAGGAGGCCCGGAGUGAGCGAGGGUCGGACAGAGAUAGAGAGAGGCACCACCAGAAGGAGGUCCGGAGCUUGCGAGGGUCGGACAGAGACGGAGAGAGAGAUGGAGAGAGGCACCGCCAGAAGAAGGCCCUGAGCGAGCGAGGUUCGUACAGAGAUGGAGAGAGGAACAUUCAGUACAAGGUCCGGAUCGAGCGUGGGUCGGACAGAGACGGAGAGAGGCACCGCCAAAAGGAGGUCCGGAGCUUGCGAGUGUCGGACAGAGAUGGAGAGAGGCACCACCAGAAAGAGUUCCGGAGCGAGCGAGAGUCGGACAGAGUCGGAGAGAGGAACUUUCAGUACGAGGUCCGGAGCGAGCGUUGGUCGGACAGAGACGUAGAGAGGCACCCCCAGAAAGAGGUCCGGAGCUUGCGAGGAGACGGAGAGAGGCACCGCGAGAAGGAGGCCCUGAGCGAGCGAGUGUCGGACAGAGACGGAGAGAGGCACCGCCAGAAGGAGGCCCUGAGCGAGCGAGGUUCGUACAGAGAUGGAGAGAGGAACAUUCAGUACAAGGUCCGGAGCGAGCGUGGGUCGGACAGAGAGGGAAUGAGGUACCGACAGAAGGAGGCCUGGAGAUUGCGAGGGUUAGACAGAGACGGAGAGAGCUACCGCCAGAAAGAGGUCCGGAGCUUGCGAGGAUCGGACAGAGACGGAGAGAGGAACUUUCAGUACGAGGUCCGGAGCGAGCGUGGGUCGGAGAGAGACGGAGAGAGGUACCGUAAGAAGGAGGCGCAGAGUGAGCGAGGGUCGGACAGAGACGGAGAGAGGUACCGCCAAAAAGAGAGGCACCACCAGAAGGAGGUCCGGAGCUUGCGAGGUUCGGACAGAGAUGGAGAGAGGCACCGCCAGAAGGAGGCCCUGAGCGAGCGAGGGUCGGACAGAGACGUAGAAAGGCACCGCCAGAAGGUGGUCCGGAGCUUGCGAGGGUCGGACAGAGACGGAGAGAGAGACGGAGAGAAGCACCGCCAGAAGGAGGCCCUGAGCGAGCGAGGGUCGGACAGAGACGUAGAAAGGCACCGCCAGAAGGUGGUCCGGAGCUUGCGAGGGUCGGACAGAGACGGAGAGAGGCACCGCCAAUAG